AUCUGUGACGUCAGUGGUCACGCAGAAGUAGAAGAGUUAAUAGCCGCGAUUGGACAGGUUAUGAAAGUCAGCAGACGUCUCCACAUCUGAAAGAUUACCCGGACAAGUGACGAAUAUCUCUCACGUAUUCGAUACCAGAACCUUAUAUAAUGGACGUAUAUUGCUGCAGACGCCUUCGCUGUUUUGAUCCGACUCAAAUUGACAGGGAUGAGCAACUUGCUAGCCUUCAGUAAUGAUGUGCCCCGUGCUCGAGACAUUAGCAAGCUAGCCUCAAAUCAAAUGUGUUGUCAUUACUUGAGAACAAAUCUGUCGAUUUGAGAACAACAUAUGUGGGGAUUACUGCCGACUACGGUCAAUUGACGAAAUUUGACUGAGUUGUGAAAGCCUAAAUGCUAACUAGCUAGCACACCAGCAUUCGGAAACCAGCGCUAACGUUAGCUAGCUAGCGAGUUAGGGACAAGACCAGGCACGAGAGGGUUCUGUGCAGGUUGCUAUGGAAGAGAUGGCGCUAGAACCACUGACGGACGUGCUCUGCCAAUGUAAUGGAGGAAGAACCACCAACUCCGAAGUUCCCAGACCUACAAGCCGACAUCAUCAACCCGAACUGGGGCCGAACCCGAAUAACUUUUCUCGGCUGUGCAGCAGGGACGAGGCGGAGAGGACGGAGGCGCUGGAAGAACUGACCCAGAGUGUCAUGUCCCGGUUGGGUCUGGACCGACCCGGUUCUGCUCGUCUCGAUAAACACACUCUCCUGCGGCUGCUGCGGGUCUCCCGGUCCUGCCCCUUACAGGAGGUCCGCGAGAGGGCAGCGGAACUGCUGCGGACUGCACAGGAGCAAGGUGUUGAGAUUCCUCAGGCUUUGGCCUCCGGUCCUAGUGCCUUCAUCCCUGCACAAGUGAUUUUGGAGGAGGGGCCAGAUCAGGAAGUUCUGAUAGAAGCCUUCCUCUCAUUAGGCCGUUUUGACCACAUCACCAUGGUGAUGGCCCUUCACCCCACCUACCUCAGCUGCUUCCUGCGUACCCAGCAUGCUUUGCUGGAGCUGGAUGGCCCGCUGCCCCGCCCCUGGAGGCACUACAUCGUUGUCAUGGCCGCAGCUCGUCACCAGUGUUCCUACCUUGUCCAACAGCAUAGUGCAGGGUUCCUGGAGGCGGGGGGGGAGGAGAGCUGGCUGGAGGGGCUACAACACACACACCCCAAAAUACGCUGCCUACACACACUCAACAAGUUGCUGGCACACAGACCCUGGCUCAUCACACAACAGCACAUACAGGAGUUGGUGUGUCCCGGGGCGGACGCUCGUUGGUCAUUGGCUGAGCUGAUCCACGCAGUUGUUCUGAUGACUCACUCUCAUUCGCUGUCCUCCUUCGUUUGGGGGUGUGGCCUACACCCUGAGCCCUACCACGAAGGAGACCACGCCUUCUGCCCGCCAUCACCAUCCAAUAACAUGCCACAAAGCCCUCACAGUCCCGCCCCCGAGGACGGCAAGCCAGAGGAUGGAGUCACAGAGGUGGAGGUAUUGAUGAAGAGGAUGGUGGAGUUACAACAGCAGGAGGAGGAGUGUAGUCAGGAGGAGAUGAUCACUCGCUUUGAGAGGGAGAGGAGCGAGAGCAUACCUACUGCAGUGGUACGGGGAGCCCCCUCUGACUUGGUGUUGAGGUUGGUGGAGGAUCCAGAGUUCAUCUAUGAAGACUUCUCCAUCCGAGGAGAACAGUCACCUCCUACCAUGAGAGCACAGGACUACUCAUGGGAAGACCAUGGAUUCUCCCUAGUGAACAGACUGUUACCAGACAUGGGCCAAUUACUGGAGGAGAAGUUCCAGGUUGAUACUGAUGGAGGUGAUGUUCUCUCUUCUGUCAGGUUGAUACUGAUGGAGUGACGUUCUCUCUUCUGUCAGGUUGAUACUGAUGGAGUGAUGUUCUCUCUUCUGUCAGGUUGAUACUGAUGGAGGUGAUGUUCUCUCUUCUGUCAGGUUGAUAGUGAUGGAGUGACGUUCUCUCUUCUGUCAGGUUGAUACUGAUGGAGUGAUGUUCUCUCUUCUGUCAGGUUGAUAGUGAUGGAGUGACGUUCUCUCUUCUGUCAGGUUGAUACUGAUGGAGGUGAUGUUCUCUCUUCUGUCAGGUUGUGUGUGGUCUAACCUACAACAGGAUGGCGAUGCACAAGGAUGUGGACACAC